UUCAAUGUCAGUCUCUGCAGUCAAGAAUGUUGAUGUGCGGUGAUUGUCGUGUACAGAUGGCUGGCUUCACUGCAGGCGCGUGCCACUGGCAAAAACAUUGGCGCCUGUUCUGAUUGCAGCUUGGAAUGAACACUGCUGUAGGCCUACAGAUAUUGAUGUAGCCUAUAUUAUUACUGUUUUACAAAAUGUAUACUGGUGUAGCCUAUUUGAUCUCAAGGUUAUGUUGGUUAUGUUUUGCACUUUGAGUGUUGGACAUCUUAUAUUUUAUUACAUUUUUCCCCCACAUCACUCUGGAUCAACUUGAAUGCAAUUCCGGAUGGAACCUGGAUGUGCUGUAUGAAUUAUGAUGGGUGAAUCGUCAUGACGACAGAACCAAAUUCAGAGUCCAGCGCGGACCAGCAGGAGGCAAGUGCGGUUCCACUCCUGGAGGCGGACUCUUUCCCCCCGGCUGCCGCCCACAGCACGCCUGUCAGGAAGAAGCAGAAGGGCGAGAGAGCGGAGGGAGGCGUGGUCCCACAGGAGAAUCAGCUUGAGCCAUCGCAGGUGGAGGAGGACAGGACCUCACACAGGUCGUCCACCAGUAAGCUGUCCAGGUCCCCCGGUGGAGGCCGGAGCGUCCGCAGCUACAAGACCAUGCAGUGCAAGGUCACCCUGCUUGAUGGCUCCGACUACACCUGUGUGGUGGAGAAACGGGAGAGAGGCCAUGUGUUAUUCCACAAAGUUUGUGAGCAGCUUAACCUCCUGGAAAAGGACUACUUUGGCAUCACAUUCCGGGAUAUCGAAAACCAAAAGAACUGGUUAGACCCAUCUAAAGAGAUGAAGAAACAGAUCAGAGGUGCGUGGAAUAUGGGAGUCGCCUGGAAUUUUUCAUUCAACGUGAAGUUUUACCCUCCAGACCCUGCCCAGCUGUCUGAGGAUAUUACAAGAUAUUACCUGUGCCUCCAGUUGAGAGAUGACGUGGUGUCCGGGCGUCUGCCCUGCUCCUUUGCCACCCACACGGUGCUGGGAUCCUACACAGUCCAAUCAGAGCUGGGGGACUACGAUCCAGAGGAGUCUGGGACAGACUACGUCAGCGAGUUCCGCUUUGCCCCCAACCAAACCAAGGAGCUGGAGGAGAAGGUCAUGGACCUGCACAAGAACUACAAAGGAAUGAUGCCAGCUGAGGCUGAGAUGCACUUCCUCGAGAACGUGAAGAAGCUGUCCAUGUACGGAGUGGACCUUCACCAUGCCAAGGAUUCCGAGGGUGUUGAGAUCAUGUUGGGCGUGUGCUCCAGUGGUCUUCUGAUCUACCGCGAUCGCUUGCGCAUCAACAGGUUCGCCUGGCCCAAGGUCCUCAAGAUCUCCUACAAAAGGAAUAAUUUCUACAUCAAAAUACGCCCUGGAGAGUUUGAGCAGUUUGAAAGCACAAUUGGGUUCAAGCUCCCCAACCAUAGGGCGGCCAAGAGAUUAUGGAAGGUUUGCGUGGAGCACCACACCUUUUUCAGGUUGGUCUCUCCAGAAACUCCCCCCAAGAAGUUCCUAAACCUGGGUUCUAAGUUCCGCUACAGCGGGAGAACCCAGGCCCAGACUCGACGAGCGAGCUCCCAGAUCGUCCGCCCAGCGCCCUGCUUUGAGCGCUCCACCAGCAAGCGCUACAUCAUGUCUCGCAGCCUGGACGGAGCUCCGCAGAGUACACCCAAAAGGAGUUCACCCAAAAGGAAUUCACCCAAUAGGAGUUCACCCAAAAGGAGUUCACCCCAAAAAACUGUAUCACCGAGAAUUAAACCACCUGCUAGUUUAAACGGCACUAAACCAACAGAGAUGGGCUCGGAUCUAUACGGAAGGGCGAAGGGCAUUGCCGUGAGUGACCUCAUCACCACAGUGACACCGGAGAAAAAGGUGGAAGAGAGGAAGGCAGAGGAAGAGGUGGAAGUAGAGGUGCAGGUGGAGGUGGAGGAGGAAGACGAGACCACGAAAGCCACCGAGAUGUCUCAGCCAAGUCCAACCUCUCCCAUUCGACAUGACACCAAGACGGAACUGACUGACACUUGUGUCGAUGGUGAACUGACAGCUACUGAGUCGGACCAAGACGACGAGUCUGAGUUAAAGACACAGGACACAGUGGGCACGCCAGAGGAGCUGUUGAAACACGCAACCAACAUCAGCGAGCUCAAGAGGUCGUUCCUGGAGACGGGCGCCGACACGGCCGGCCUCACCGAGUGGGAGAAGAGGUUGUCCUCGUCCCCCCUGCGCUCGCUGCGUCUCGACGAAGCCCCUAUGAUCGAACCACUGGAGCUCGAUGAAGUACCGAGCAAAGAGGAUGAGAGAGAGGAUGAGAGAGUCAUCGAUGCAGGCGGUAGCAUUGAGGAGGAGAUCAACCACAGCCCUGUGGAUACUAAGACUACUGUGGAUUCUGACGGAUGGGUAAUAGUAAGUAAAGUCCCUCCUAAGGUAACCGAAAAGAAAAUCAUUGUCAACUAUAAAGUUAUGACCGUCACUGACACUGUGGCCGAAGGAGCGCUCGCCGGCACCAGUGGUGGCAUAGUCGGCAAGGAGUUGAAAGCAUAUGAGAGCUUCCGCAGCGAACUCCCCUCCAAAACCGAGGAGAUAAGAGAGAAGAACUAUACCCUGGGCAAGUCCUAUGACACAAUGUCAGGCAAGAUUGUCACAAUGACAAAGCGGGCCAAAGAUGGUGGGGAGGCGGUGGCGGCUGCUCCGGCAGUGUUUGCCAGGGAGCUGAAGAGGGCAGCAGACCAAUCCACCACCACAGUGAAGAUCAUCCCGGUGUCGACUGAGUAUGAGAUGCCGGUGUCUGUCCACAUGGGUCUCCCACCCCAGGAAGGAAUCGGACCCCCCAUGAUUACCAUCAAGGAGGCCAGGACGCCCUCUCCAUCCGAGCCCAGCAGUGGUGCCCUGGGCCUGGGCACCUUGCGGACCAUGGUGUCCAUCUGCUCCAGCCAGGACAUCAGUGAUGCAGCGAGAGCGGACAGCAGGAAGCAGCUGAGGGAGACUUUUCUCCUGGGAGACAGGAGCACCACCCCUGUUGCACCUCACACACCUCUCUCACCACGCUCCCCCAUGGCCAAGUCACCUAUGGCGAAGUCUCCCAUGACAAAGCCCAAGCCUCCAAUGGAGGAUCUGCGUCUGAGCCCCGGCCCCGUGUCCUAUCUAUCCAGAACCCCAUCGCCCUCCAAAGUGCCUAAGCCGACCUUUGAGGAGAUGUCCCCGGAGCUCACCGCUCUCUUACAUUCGGCCCGAUAUCAGACCAGCACGGGGGGUUGGACUGCCUCGCCUGCCCAUAGUCAGGCCCUGCUCAAGACAACAGAGAAGGUGGAGCGGAUCGUGCUGCAGACAGAGGUGGUAUCAUCACAGCAAACAGAAGAGGUUGAGGAUCAGCCGAAAGAACAGCCGGCAGAGGACCAUGAGCAGCCGGUGGAGAAACAGCCUGACGACCGGCAUGACGGCAUGGAGAAACAAGCUGGUCAGCAGCCUGAGCAGACAUCUGCGCUGGAGUCUCCAGAGGUCCUGACCUUCAACAGGGCAGACGUGAUGGAGGAGACAGAGAUGCUGGUGCCCCAGGACGUACCUGUAAUACACACGGAAAUGAAAACCAUCACAUACCGGUCACUAGAGGGUGACGCUGACACUGAUCCAGAGGCGGGGGUGUUGAUGAGCGCCCAGACCAUCACCUCAGAGACCACCAGCACCACAACAACCACACAUAUCACCAAGACUGUGAAAGGAGGAAUCUCGGAAACGAGGAUCGAGAAGAGAAUCGUCAUCUCGGGGGAUGCAGACAUAGACCAUGACGAGGCCCUGGCUCAGGCCAUAAAAGAGGCCAAAGAGCAGCACCCUGACAUGUCAGUGACCAAAGUAGUGGUCCACAAAGAGACUGAGAUCACGCCCGAGGAGGGCGAAGAGUGACCGCAGGAUUGAAGGAUCACUGGGUUCACCAAUGUUUCAGGGGCAUUCUGUUAACGUUACUUCACGCUCUUCAGAGUAUGAGAUGCAAGCCGGAUAGUGACGUUGCCAACAGACAACACACCACUGUAGAGGACACUACUAUACUACUCCGUCUGACUACUACUGGACUAACCUAACCCACACUCACCAACACUACUGGCAAACACAGACCAAAGCUGGCCAGACCUUCAUUGGAACAUGUAUACUGCAUGAAAAGGGAUCAUUUCUGCAUUUUGUAAAGGAGAAAACAAAUACAUUGGAGGAAAUAUCAAAUUAUAUACAUGUUUUACUUGACCUGUGCACUCAGGCUCGAAGGGAGAAGAAUGUAUGUCAUGAGAGUUGAGUUAUGAUAGUAUACUCGGUUUUAUUUAUUAUCGAACUACAAUAAUAGUAGCUAGGCUGAACGUGUAUGAUGGCACAAUAUUUAUCCAUGCAAUAGAUGUGACAUUCAUCUUGCCAUAAGUCCCCUUAUUUAUCCCAAUGCUGAUUUUAUUCCAUUUUACAUACAGUAUUGCCUGGAAAAGGGCAAACAUGUAUGGUACGUACAUUUGCUUAGUAGACCAUAUACCUUCAAAGAUGAUUUUGUUGUUUUUACUUUAAUUGUAAAUAAGUUCAUUUGGUUUUCCUUCAAUUACAAAGUAAAGAUGAGUAUAAUGAGGAAAGAUCUCGUAGAAUUGUGUUAGAAGGGAAUGUUAAACAGACUCCAUUACUGUGACUUCCGAGUUGAUAAAAAAAAAUUAUAAUAUAUGUAUUCACAUGGUGGUCGGUGGAUUGAACAUUCUUGUUGGGUUGUAUCUGAAAUGACACCCUAUUACCUAUAUAGUGGGCUUUGGUCAAAAGCAGUGCACUAUGUAGAGAAUAGAGAGCAUUUUAGACAGUCUUGCUCAUUCUUAAAUCAUACCCAGAAUGCACCUCUUAUCCCUGCGUGGCACAUCCAAGCCUUAAAACUGUGAAGAACGGACAGACAACAUCCACUACAACCCUGCAAUGUGUGUUUUAUUUCUCCAAGGUCGAUGUGUCAGCGGCCAUCCAACACAGGGGCAUCAUGCUCAUUGAACCUGAGGUGACAUGAAUCAUUAGUAGUGUCUUAUAUAAAAAAAAUAAGACAUAUGUUUGGUCAUCGGUUCCCCUCAGAUAUUAGGAGCAUGAUGCCUCUCAUCCCACUCCCCUCAAUAGCUGCAAAAUCAUCCAUGUUGAAUGUGUUUCCCACAAGAUAAAUAAAAUGCUAAAUUCAUU